CUUUGCUUGCCACUUGCCACGUCCGCUCAUUACUUGUUGACUUGACAAUACACGCGAGAAAAAAAACAUGGUUUCAACUGCGGAGGCAACAAUGACAUUGGCGAGGGAGGAAGAGAAUCUUAGCUUUGACUUUGGUCCGCCCCCGCCGACAUUCACAGACAAACUUGAGGAGCGGGCGUAUAUCAAGGAGCGGUUGGCUUUGGCUUACAGGGUCAUUGCGAGGGAACACUUGUGCGAAGGCGCGUCGGGGCAUCUGACUUCAAGAGAUUCGGUGGAUCCUUCUUCCUUCUGGGUUGUUCCCUACGGCCUUCACUUCUCUCGCGUCAAAGCAUCCGACCUCCUCCUCGUCUCCCACUCCGGCGCCGUCAUCGCCGGCGGCCAUCCCUCCCGCCAGAGCUACAACUCCGCAGCAUACAUCAUCCACUCCGCCAUCCACGCUGCCCGGCCCGACAUUAAAUCUAUCGUUCACUGCCACUCUCCCUCUGGCAAAGCUUUUUCGACUCUGGGACGUCCGUUGCCGUAUUACACUCAGGACAGCGCGGUGUUUUACAAUGAUGUGGGGCUUUAUGGACAACAUGGGGGUGUGGUGCUUAAUAGUAAAGAGAGUAGAGAGAUAGUGAAAGCUAUGGGGGAGAAGAAGGCGGUGAUACUGCAGAACCACGGGCUGCUUGCGGCUGGUGGGUGUAUUGAGAGCGCAGUGGCGUGGUUUAUGCUGUUGGAAAAUGAAUGCCGAUGCGUGCUAGCGGCGGAGGCGGCGGCUGCGAUGACUGGUCAGAAACCGAUUAGUCUUUCGCCGGAAGUAGCAGAGUUCACGUGGAGAGAAACUGGCACCGAAGCUGGUGGCAGGUUUGAAGGAAUGCCCUUUUUUGAUCUCGUUGAAGAAGAAUGUGCGGGUGCUCAUCGGGGGUAAUCUUCUUGUGCGAUGAAGGGUGCUUAUCGGAGGUGAUCUUGCUUUGCGGUGAGGAGGAUACAGAUGUGUACAUGUAUAUAAACAUGCUUUUUUGGGUAUAUACCACCUGUAGUCAGGUCGCAAACAGCGUCAUCUACAAUCUACUCUCCUCUAUCCACACAUCUCUCCUGCGUUAUAUCUCUCCCUCCGCAGGUUUCUCCGUCACCAUCUUCGGCUCCACCCACCCCUUCUUCUCAAAACAAGCAAACACCAAAUCAUAACCAUCAAACUCAUAUCCAAUCCUAUCCUUCCUCACAAACUCCUUGCCCAGCAAACUCGGGCCGAACGAGUUCCACGCCUUCUUCUCAGCUUCUUCUUCUUCUGCCGUCGGGGAUGGGGAGGGGGUGGAUACGAAGAGGGUGAUGGAGAGACGGGAGGGUUGGAAGAUGUUGACAACCUUCUUGAUGAGGGUCUGCA